AUGGCACCCUCAAACAUGAAGGCUAUCAAAGUCGUCGAGGCCAAGAAGGCAGAACUCCAGGACGUUCCCGUCCCCAAGCUCCGUGACGACUACGUUCUGGUCAAGGUCGAGGCUGUUGCUUUGAACCCUACCGACUGGAAGCAUGUCGACUACCUCGCCAACCCUGGUGCCACCGUUGGCUGUGACUACGCUGGUGUCGUCGAGGAGGUCGGUUCAGCAGUCCAGAAGAAGUUCUCCAAGGGUGACCGGAUUGCUGGCUUCUCCCACGGAGUCAACUCUGCCAACAAGGAGGACGGAUGCUUUGCACAAUACGCUCUUUCCAAAGGUGAUGUUCAGAUGAAGGUUCCUGACUCUUUGUCGACCGAGGAUGCUGCGACUCUCGGUGUUGGUGUCACCACUGUUGGACAAGGCUUGAAGCUCCCCCUUCCUACUGAGCCCGCUAAGCAGCCCUUCCCCGUCCUUAUCUACGGUGCCUCGACCGCUACCGGUACCCUCGCCAUCCAGUACGCUAAGCUGUCUGGCCUCGAGGUCAUCGCCAUCUGCUCCCCUCACAACUACGACCUCGUCAAGUCUCUGGGUGCCGACGCCACCUUCGACUACAAGGACCCCGAGUGCUCGGCCAAGAUCCGCGAGCACACCAAGGACAACCUCAAGCACGCUUUCGACUGUAUCGCCGAGGGCAGCUCUCCCGACAUUUGCGCCAACGCCAUCUCGAGCAAGGGCGGUGUCAUCUCUUACCUUCUUCCUGCAAAGUCCUCCCGCGAGGACGUCGUCGACCAGAGCACUUUGGGCUACACUGUUGUUGGCGAGGCCUUCACCUUCGCUGGCAACCCUAUCCCUGCUAAGCCCGAGGACUUUGAGUUUGGCAAGAUGUUCUGGAAGCUGGCUGAGAAGCUGUUUGCCGAGGGCAAGGUCAAGGCUCACCCCAAGGAGCUCCGCAGCGGCGGUCUCGAGGGUGUCUUUGGCGGUAUGGAUGAUAUGAGAUCCGGCAAGGUCUCGGGCAAGAAGCUCGUCUACAAGAUCUAA